AUCAGCACUCGAACGCACACUAUGUUGUCUUUUGACGCGCGUCCUGACCACGUGACUGCUCUCUUCAAACCCAAUUCGCGCUCGUAAGCCGCGUGUGUUUGUUUUUGCUUGACCAUCAACGGUGUUGGGUUCAUUUUGGUAUGCUGAGAUCUCAGCAACUUUCUUCGACUUGCUGAGCUAGAAAGACUGUUGCGUUGGCUUCAACACCGGUCGUGCUGGGUUACAGCCUUGUCGGCGUGUACCCUUGUGCGGUACUGAAACCAGAGACUGAAUCUAGUGCUGUAGGACCAAUUCGUGCUAGGGUGGCGACUCAGAGGCCUCAGCCUUACCAAGUGCCGAUUCCGGCCAUACAGACGGCUACAAACACGGCAGCGACGACGACUAGAGUAGGGGCACCAAAGGUGGUGGUCACAUCUUGCCAGUGCAACAACAUUAAUCCCCAACUGGCACCAGCACCAGAUCUCCAAGUGGCUCAAAACACCACGCCAAUGUUGUUCGUACCUUUCUCCAUCUCCAGCUUUGUGCCACCUAUAAAUGGUGGCACACUUCACGCCAACAACUGCAGCCCUUCUAAGGACAUGAAAGGUGGAUGGACCGCCUCUUCCCCUGGCAGUACGACCCCUGGCAACCCCCAACCAACGCUACUGACCGUUCAGCCCGUGCUCACUCAGCCUCAAACUGGUACUCAGAUACAGACCACGCAACAGUCUACGCAACAACUUAAAUUGGAUACUUCCAAACAUCACCAUAUAUUUGUGGGAGAUUUGAGUCCAGAAAUAGAGACACAAACGCUCAAAGAAGCAUUUGCAGCAUUUGGAGAGAUAUCGGACUGUCGAGUAGUAAGAGACCCACAGACUUUGAAAUCUAAGGGAUAUGGAUUUGUCUCUUUCAUCAAAAAAUCGGAAGCUGAGAGUGCUAUUGCUGCAAUGAACGGGCAAUGGUUGGGUAGUAGAAGUAUUCGCACUAACUGGGCCACCAGAAAACCACCAGCACCAAAAAACGAAGUCAAUUCCAAACCAUUGACCUUUGAUGAGGUCUACAAUCAAAGCAGUCCAACUAAUUGUACUGUCUAUUGUGGAGGUAUCACGAAUGGACUCACUGAAGAGUUGAUGCAGAAAACCUUCACCCUGUUUGGAACUAUCCAGGAGAUCAGAGUUUUCAAAGAAAAAGGUUAUGCUUUCGUCCGGUUCUCGACAAAGGAAUCUGCAACACACGCUAUAGUUGCAGUGCACAACACGGAUAUCAAUGGCCAAGUGGUUAAAUGCUCUUGGGGAAAGGAGUCUGGUGAUCCCAACAAUGCUCCAGUUGCUGGACAGGCUUUAACUGGAACCCAAUACCCUUACGGCGCUUACGGUCAACAGGUGGGCUACUGGUAUCCCCAAAGCUUUCCUGCUGCAACAGCAGCUCAAAUGCAGGGUCAGUUUUUACAAGGCAUGCAGGGUUAUUCCUACGGUCAGUUUGCCGGUUAUCAGCAGUCCUACAUGGGUAUGGGAAUGCAAGUACCUACAACUUGGCAAGGCAUACCUGGUCAACCCCAGAUUGCUACGACGCCACAGCAGAUUGCUGCUCCUGGGGCCACUCUGCAACAGCCAGGAAUAGUAUUUCCUCUUCAACAAUACCAAGCCUUACUUGGAAUAACUCAAUAAAGUAAUGAUCGUCGUGGAAAAUUUUGAAGGCACAAUGAAAACACACACGAUGACAUUUAGAGCCAUUAGAAGAACGAUAUCUUAAUCAUCGCGAUUGUAUUUUAUUCGUGCCAAAUAAUAUCGUGUAACUAGUCAAUGUCAUCACUUUCUUUAAAUGCUUUCAUUUUUAUCAUCUUGGGGGCGAGAACUCAACAAUAAUGAGUGGUGAGAUGGUUGAAUAGAAUUCACAGUUGGAGAUUCAUUUAGGUUUUUCCAAAAAAAAAAAUCCCCAAAGACAUAAAUUCUGAGCUUUAAGUGAUAUAAGUUGCAUGAUCCAAAGAAUUCUGUGACGCUUAGGAUGAUCUCAAUUUGUAUUAUUUUUUAUCUAUUAUGUUAAGUUCUGUAUAUAAAAGUUUAGUUCAAAAUGUGUACAUUUCGGCUGUUUUUAAUAAUUUGAUUAUCGUUUGUUAAAUCUUCAUUGUGUUGAAUUCUAUUCGAUUCUAGUCUUUGCACCGCACAAAGCAGUUUUUCACCAAAGCUACUGCAUGAAAUUGACAAAUCUCACCUAUUAUUUAUAUAAAUUAAUGUACAGAGAAGAUACCUUAGGAAGACCCUCUAUGGUCUUACAGUUUUUUAAAUGGUGAUUAAUCUAAGUGUCGAAUUAUUACGGUAUCUUCUCUGAAUGUUUUUCUUCCUGCCAACCCCUGACUCAAGUCGUGUGUGUUGGCAGCUAGGUGAAGAAGAAUGGCUCGCCCCUAGUCUCCUAGUGUGAUCAGCCCCUUACAGUGACAAUCCUGGAUGGGGUGGAAUAUUUUAGAGCACACUACUUCCGAAAGAACAAUCAUUACCAAUCUCAACACUAGUUACCUGUAAUCUGCUGUAGUGUUUAAAAAAUUACAAUAUAAAUCGAUAUGAAUGUUGAACAUAUUAGGUUGUAAGAAUUUAUAUUUUUAACAAAUAAUCUACUUCUUGAAGGGUGUGCGCAACAGUCUAUGAACUGUUCAAAGCUAAUGUCCCAUUGUAAAUUUUAUUUUUGAUAUGUUGCGUUUGAAUUUAAUAUCGUUCUUCGACUCAAUGAAAGCCUAUAUUAACGUUGAACCAAUCAUUCUCAAAUUCCACAUUUCUGAAGUCUAUAAACUGUUGCGUUCUGCAUCCAACAGACUUUGUGUUUUAUUGUACAAAAAAAAAAAAAAACAAUAGCUAAAAUUAUCUAGAUAGGUUAGUGGUAGUUAUGUAAUCGAAUGUUUUGGGGUGAUUCAGACAAACUGAUUGAUUUCGCCUCAGAAAUGAUGGAAAAAUGUGUUAAUAUAAAAUAAAGAUGUAAUAUUACUGUACAUACCAAGAGAGUUUUAGUAAUAUGGUUGAAUAGUCGAGAUUUAUAGCCACUGCAUUUUUAUUUUUACAUCUGAUGCUGGUGAUUGGUUUUUCGUUAUAAAAAACCCCAACAUGCUACUAUUUGUAUUUUAUUGUAUUUGUUUGUAUUUUGAAGCAUAUGUUAUAUUGUUCAUUGCGAUGAAAGAAUAUUUUUUUGUUUAAUAAAUACUUGUUCUGCCAUAAUUUUACGUUUCUUGUAAUAUUUCAUUGUUAUCAAUGCUAAAGAUGCAUCGUUUUUUUUUUUCAAUCAAUUUUACGAAAUUCAUAUUGUGAAUUGUCAAGAUGUCUUCAAACUAGCUAUUCCUGUGGUUAAAAAUUAAUUCGACUGAUGAAGAAAGUUCUGCAAAACGAUCCACAUUUAAAAUACAUAUGUAUGUGGAAACUAUUUGAAAAUAGACAAGAAUCGGUUGGUAUCACCUACAUAUGUAUCAAAUCAUCUAAAAAUGAAGUGAUAUUGCUGGUUUCAACCAUUUUAUAUUCAUAUAACGAAUGAUGGGAAGUUUUGAUACAAGAGUAAAAUAGUAUUCCAUACUAUUAUAGUUAUAAUGAGGGAAAGCUAGCAUUUAUAUAAAGGACACUUGAGGUUGACACUUGGAUUUUCCAGUUACUGAUCCCUUAUUUUGGAAGAAUAUGAGAAAUUAUCGUUUCGAAGAUAUAUUUAUAUUAGAGAUUCAGGAUACCCGAGAACUGGAAGAUCAGUGAUUUGAAACCAAGUAAUUUAAAAAUAGCUUUAACGAUAUAUUUGUUGAAGACAGAACUUGCACGCUAUACUGUAGACGCACCACGUAUAUUACAGCUAAUGUAUUAGUGUUAAAUGUAAAAGAACCGAUUCGAAAUUCAUUGUUACAAGAUGCUUAAAUUCUUCAUUCUCAAGCUCUACUCCGAGUUUUAAAAUUUGGUUGUAACUAUCUAAUUAGUGUUUUUCAGUACUCAUCUACAUAUUAAAUCUCGUGGAAUUUUUCUUGAAAAUGAGUACUUUCUACUGUUCUAUAAACAUUUUUCAGACUGAGAUCAUUCUCAUACUACCGUCCAUCUACUGUCACUAUACCAUUUUUACACUGGAACUUUCGUCAUUGAAUGUGGUACAUACAUAUUUUGGACUGCGACUUUUAGACCACUAUUUGUAGUACAUAUCAUAACAAGGGCGGACCAUUCUAUAGUCGCACAAUGCAUAAAGAAUCGGCAUAUUUUGAAUGGCAGUUACCCAAAUGAAUAUCUUACAUGUUCUGUGUUAGUUCCUUUCAUCUUUAUGUAAAUCUUUUCCGAUAAUAAGUGAUUCUUAUUCUACUGGUCUCUAUGUGUCAGACAAGUGUUUUAGUAAUUAAUAAAAUAAUAUCGGUUCUUAAAGAUGUGAAAUGUUAUAACUACCUGUCAAUAACAUAAUUCUAAGAAAAAAUUGAUGUUACCAUAAUUCGAAAUAUUUUUUAAUUGUUUAUUAAUUGUACGGAUAUAAUGUCAAUAAUGCAUACAUGGCUGGAGGAUAUUCUUGAUCUAAGUUUAGACAAAUGGGCCAAAAAUGAACAAGGUACAAGAUUCUCAAAAAGAAUCUUCAAGUUCUUAGAAGAAAGCUAUAUAUCACUUAUCUAUGUAUUUUUGUUAGGAUAUUAUGCAGAAAUGCUAAAUUGUGUGACAAAUUUACUUGGAAAAAUAUUGUUCUGAACUAACUAAAGAGUAGUAGUACAUCCAAUCAUUCAUAUGUGUCUGUUGAAGACUAUGUUAAGUUUUUGUUUUGAUUGCUGAAGUAAAGGCACGCCUAGUAUAAGGGAAUGGAUAUUUGAAAUAUUUCAUAUAGUUGGCAGGGCAGCUCAGACCGAGUGUGAUUGUAAAAAUUAGGUAGUUCGUCUUGCUUCCUGUCAAAUAUAUGAUUGUAUAGUGUUUUAUAUCACUGGCUGCUAUGCGUAAGUUAGGAAACGUGCUUGUCACGUUGAAUUAUACAAAAUGAAAACAAAACUAGUAUAUAAUAUAUAGUAGAAAUGGAAUUGAAUAAAAACAGUUACUAUAA